AUGAGCACAUGCAUGAAUAAAACUCAAGAUGAUGACAAUUCAUAUAAAGCAUUAAGAAGACGCGUAGAAGUGCCAUGUGAAUUUUGUGAUAGAAUAUUUAAAAAUAGGUUCGACAGUGUAGUGCACAAUUCAUCACAUAUAAUAAUACCUCUAAUUAAACAAAGUCUUUUCAUCUGUGAUAUAUGCAAUUCCUUUUUUAAAUCUCAAGACGAUCUCAAUGUGCAUCACUUAAACAAGCAUCCGGACAUAUUUAUAAAGCAUGAGGAAAUAAGUUACGAUGCAUACCCUAAAAUAAAAGAACCAACAGAAUUAAGUGAUUCAAAAGAAAUAAAUAAUGUUAUAACAGAACCUAUAAAGAAUAGGUUGAAGUUUGAGGACGAUGAUGUGACUUUUAAGGGGAUUUUAAAAGAUUUAGUAACAGAAUGUAAAGUGAAUGUGCAAAUUUGUGAUCAAUGGGAUAAUGUUACCAAAUGCUAUGAGGCUUCCGAUGCUAAAUUUAGUGAGGGUUUCGUUAAACCAAUAGUGCAUGUGAAAAUUGAGGAGGAAAAAAGCUUGGUAGACAAAUUGGUGUUAGAUGAGCCGUUGACAGAUGAAUAUUUGUACGAUAACUUUGUAGGCAAUGCAAAUAAUCAAAAAUUUGAAAGUAUCCACUAUUCUUUGUUGGUUAAACCGGGAAUUUUUAAUUGUAGAUAUUGCUAUACUUCUUUUCCAGACAGGUUUUCAUUAAUCCAACAUGAAGUCGUCCAUAUGAAAAUAGGCAAAUAUAUUGCUGGAAACCAUUAUAAUUUAAAUAAACAUAUACAAAAACACCACUGCAAUAUAAAGAAAAUUGCCAUUGAAACAAAGAAGUGUGAGAAAUGCAGAUUAAAAUAUAGAAAAUGUCACCGGCACACCAGGGAUUACAAUUCAGAAGUUGUAACGCCUAGCGUAAAACUGUUGAAAGUAUGUGAUUUGUGCAUAUCUUUCUUCAGAUGUACGAUUAGAAAAAAAUAUUAUGUGAAAGGGACGACAAAAGAUGAAUUGGGAGUUAGAUAUCCCUGUGAAGUCUGCGGCAUACUUCAUUUUAAAUUAAAAAUUGUUGAGCGCAUCACGAAUUAUCAAUAUGGUUUCAAGUCAAAGAAAAAGAAAACGAAUGAAGACAGGUUGAAACUCAUACAGCAUAGAUUGAAGAAAUUAAAUUUGCUGAAUAAAUAU